AUGGUCUGGGUGUCCCUCUUGGUGUGCAUCACCGCAUAUACGAUAUGGCAGAUCUGGAAAAUAUUCGACGAUCUUGCCAAUCCGAGCUCCAGUCUCAAGAUCACGAAUGACCUCUACGCGUAUCCACACGUGCUGGUGUGCUUCUUCCAUGGGGAAGGUUGCGGUUUCGAGGACGAGAGCGUGGACGUGUGCGUGACAACCGCCUUGUCGGAGAGUACGACAGUAUCCUUUAACGGCGAGUACUAUGACGACCUCGGCGCGGUUACCGAGUCCAACUGUGUCGGCUUCGAUCUGGGCAGCCUCGAGUUUGGAGAUGACAUCACCGCAGAGAAUGACCAAGCAAUAAUCGAUACCAUCGGCAAGACCACGAAGAAGAAGCUCAAUGGAGACGUGACGACCACCUUCCCCCCCCUCGUCCUUUCGUCGUCUGACUUCACCGCGGAGAAUACUUGGGCAACGUCGGAGGAUGAUAGCUUCCAAGACGCGUCGUUCGGCAGGCUUUAUCUCGAUAUUAAGCAAGGGGAUUACUCACGUACCGCCAUCGCCGAGGUCGACCCGUUGGAUAUUGGCACCUUUCUCGGCAACAUUGGUGGAUUCUGGGGUAGGUAG